AUGCAAGACAGCAGCGGAACCACCUGGCCGUCGGCAUCCGGCCAACACCCGCCCGGCACCGUCCUCCUAGACGAUGUGACGGCCGCGCACAGCCGGACGAUCCUGCAGCCGGUGCCGAGCAGCGAUCCCAACGACCCGCUCAACUGGACGCGCAUGCGCAAGAACGUCAACUUUGGGCUGGCGUGCGCGUACACGUUUGUCGUGUACGUCGUCAUCGACAUUGCCACGGUCGUGUACGGGCAGGUCAAGGACGAGCUCGGCUUCUCGUUCCAGGAGCUGAACCAGUCGUUUGCCGUGUCCAACGCGGGGCUCGGCCUCGGCGGCGUCCUCUUCAUCCCCUUUGCGCUCUGCUUCGGCCGCCGGCCCGUCUACCUCGCCAGCAUCGCCGUCAUGGUCGGCACCACCGUCUGGCAGGCCCGCAUGCAGACCCUCGCCGACCUCUACGGCUUCAACUUUGUCUGCGGCCUCGCCGGCUCCGUCGGUGAGAUCAUCUGCGCCAUGACCAUUGCCGACCUCUUCUUCGUCUCCCAGCGCGGCGCCAAGACGUACAUCCUGACCAUUGCCCUCAACACGGGUACGUUCCUCGCCCCAGUCGCCGCCGGCUAUAUUGCCACGGCGCUGGGCUGGCGCUGGAUAUGGUGGUGGAGCGUGAUCUUGUCCGGUGUCCUCCUCGUGAUAUUCAUCUUCUUCUACGAAGAAACCAUCUUCAACCCGUCCCCGUAUCCCACCGCCGGCACCGACGAGCCGGGCACGCACGACGCGGAAAAGGCCAUGCUUGCAGAGGUCGACUCGCGCUCGCCCUUCCGCCCUCCUAUCCGGCUCGACAUCCCGCUCCGGCCGUACCGGGCGCGCCUCGCGCUCUUCACGCGCACCGACAGCUCGCCGCGGAGCCUGUUCCGGCACGUGUACCAGCCGUUCAUCAUCCUGGCCACGUUUCCCGGCGUCGCGUUUGUCGCCCUCGUCUUCGGCUCGCUGCUCGCCUGGCUCGCCAUCGCGCUCAACGUGCAGGCCACCUACUUCACGAUGCCGCCGUACAACUUCUCCUCGUCCGGCGUCGGGCUGCUCAACAUCCCCACGCUGAUCGGCUGCCUGCUGGGCGGCCUUUUCGGAGGCCACCUGUCCGACUACAGCAUCAAGUGGCUGGCGCGCCGCAACGGCGGCCUGUACGAGCCCGAGAUGCGUCUCUGGCUCGCGUUUCCCGCCAUAUUGAUAGCGCCUGCUGGGUAUUUCAUGUUUGGCUUUUCGAUUGCCAAGGGCAUGCCGUGGCCAGUUCCGGCGGUCGGGCUGGGAGUGUACGGCUUUGGAAGCGCGGCUCUCGGUAACAUUACGCUCGUUUAUCUUGUGGACUCUUACAGAGAUGUUAUCGGAGAAGCGUACAUUGGCGUCAUCUUUGUGCGCAAUGCUUUUGGCGUUGUGGGCGCCAUUCUCACUGCUUACGGUGCCGAUGAUGAUUUGGGGUCGCCAAUGCAGGCAAUGGACGGCGGUUCGGUAUACCAGGAUGGCUGGCAAACAGGCUGA